UGACAUAAACACCACAGCCAAUCAGGUCUACAAGCACAACUUCCCAGACACGCCCCUCUGGAACAAAACUAUCGAGGGCAUUCCACUGGAUGACUUCAAUAAACUGUCAUUUGACAUGAUUUUGAUGAGUCCUCCGUGUCAGCCUUUCACCAGGAUUGGACUUAAGGGUGACGUCGUUGACCUGAGAACGAAGAGCUUCCUCUAUAUCCUCGAUCUUCUUCCAAGGUUCUCCAGGCUGCCCCGAUACAUCCUGCUGGAGAACGUCAAAGGCUUUGAGGUCUCCUGUGCCAGGGAACAUCUGGUCCUAACACUGAAGGAAUGUGGAUACAGUUUCCAGGAGGUCAUGGUCUCACCAACCAGUGUUGGAAUCCCUAAUUCCAGACUCCGCUAUUUCCUCAUCGCCAAGAUUUCAGCAGAAAGUGACGGUGAUGAGAUGCAGAAAAAGAUUUCAGAUGCGUUUCCAGUUCCUGCCGAGCCCACAGACCAGGAUCCUCAUGGUCCAGACGUCGAACCACAUCCAAGUCCAGUCCUGUAUAAACUUGAAACCACAACAGACGCUCAGAGGAAGAAGUGUCAAAACAGCGAUUUGUCCAUCAGGCAGAUCCAAGACUUUCUGGAACCGUCCAAGGAGAUAAACAUGGAGGAUUACCUCCUCCCUCCUAAAACUCUGCUGCGUUACGCCCUGUUAUUGGACAUAGUCAGACCCACGUGCAGGAGGUCCGUCUGCUUUACCAAAGGGUACGGACGUUACGUGGAGGGAACGGGCUCGGUUCUGCAGAGUUCCACUGAAGUACAGAUGGAGGACGUGUUUAAAGACCUGGAUCAUCUGUCUGAUGAAGACAAACUGAAGGAGCUGCUGAAACUGAAGCUUCGUUAUUUCACCCCCAGAGAAGUGGCCAACCUGAUGGGCUUCCCUAAAACCUUCUCCGUACCAGAGCAGACGUCUGUCAAACAACAGUACAGAGUUCUGGGUAACAGCCUCAACGUCACUGUGGUGUCCAGACUCCUGCAGCUGCUCGUCCUCUAGCGCUGGGACACUGUCCAGUAGAAGACACACUAUGAUCUAAGUGUGGAUUGGAUUAGGGCUGUGCACGGGGGGAAAUGUUUACCCCUGUUUUUGACUGUUUUUAAUGAUAAUAAUAAUGAUUUUUAUUUGUAAGAGUCUUUUAUCAAACCCAAGGACACUGUACAGCAAAGAAUAAAAAGACAAUAAAUAAGAU